GCUGUAGUUGGCGCUUUGUAUUGGUCCCUCUUUCUUCCUCUCUUCCUCUACUUUUGAGAGAAACCACGUUUCCGCUUCUGGUCAAAGAGACCUUGGAGGCAGCUGAGGAGAUAAAGGUGUUGGGACUGCUGUGGUUUGCACCUCCCUCCCCCUUUCCUCCCCCUUAAGUGUUUCCCCCUGGGGGACUUUUUUCUCCCUCGGGCUCUCUCUCUCUGCUUUGACACGUCUGUGCUUCCCCUCUGACCUAGCCUAGAAAAGGCUCAGCCCCUGGGAGAUGCUCUAAGAGACGGCUCUCUCGGAGAGCCCUGAGAGGCGGGAGGAUUCGAGUGGCACAGCCGGCUCAGCUGGAAGGAGGAAGAUGGGCUCCUGUGGACAGGGAUUCAUGCUGGGAUGCUGCCUGCUGCUGGCCAUCACCUGGGGCCCCGCCCUGAGCCUUGUGCCACGAGUUCAGGAGGAACAACAGGAGUGGGAAGAGACAGAGGGGCUGCCAUCUCCUCUGGAUCAUGUGGUGAGGCCUGAAGAAACACGUGAGAAGUAUAGCCCUAGCCAGGGUGAGGACCUCCCCAUUUCUCGGUGCUACCGCUGCUGUGACCCUGGCACUCCUGUAUACCAGACAAUCCCUCCACCCCAGAUCAACAUCACCAUCCUGAAAGGUGAGAAAGGGGAUCGAGGCGAUCGAGGCCUCCAGGGGAAGUACGGCAAAAUAGGUUCUACGGGUCCCAGGGGCCAUGUUGGCCCCAAAGGGCAGAAGGGGUCCAUAGGAGCUCCCGGGAACCACUGCAAGAGCCAGUACGCCGCCUUCUCCGUGGGCCGGAAGAAGGCUUUGCACAGCAACGACUACUUCCAGCCUGUGGUCUUCGACACAGAGUUUGUGAACCUCUACAAACACUUCAAUAUGUUCACCGGGAAGUUCUACUGCUAUGUGCCGGGCAUCUACUUCUUCAGCCUCAAUGUGCAUACUUGGAACCAGAAGGAGACGUAUCUGCACAUCAUGAAGAACGAGGAGGAGGUGGUGAUCCUGUACGCGCAGGUGAGCGACCGCAGCAUCAUGCAGAGUCAGAGCCUGAUGCUGGAGCUGCGCGAACAGGAUGAGGUAUGGGUGCGGCUCUUCAAGGGCGAGCGUGAGAACGCUGUUUUCAGUGACGAGUUCGACACCUACAUCACUUUCAGUGGCUACCUGGUCAAGCCAGCCUCCGAGCCCUAGCGGACACCCCCUGUGGAGCUUCCACAGACUGCUGACCUCCUUGCCUGGCACCCGGCCUAUCCCUGCAUUCUACGGACGCUGGAGUCCUGCCCCAGGCGGAUUCCAUCGUCUCUCUCCUCCAUCCUGCCUUCCUCGGCCUUGGCUUCUUCAGUUUUGUUUUUUUGACACGAUGCCCUUGGCCACUGGGAAGCCCAAAGGACCGUGUGGUCCCAGAUCUGGCUGCUACUCUAAGCAGAGAGCUGCCGGCGGAUGAAAUCAUUGGGCGGGGAGCCUGUGAGGACAUUGGUGGACCUCCAACUCCUUCUGUAUACACAGCCUUAGACGACCCUGUGCUGUGUUGUCCCACAGGGUGUUCCAGAGCACAGCCCCUGUGUACUCCCAUUCCUGGACCCAAGUAAGCAAAUGUCAUGGGUUUCUUAGGAACAAAGUAAAGCAGAAAAGAGAAAGAAA